CGUUUAUCCACCGGUGCGUUCUAAAGGAAUCUUUCAGCCAAUCAGAUUACAGCGCGAGCGAGUGUAGCGUCACUAGCUAGCUAACACCUGCAACUGGACGAAGUGUCAUGGCCAUGUCUCUCUGUGACAACACGCUGCUGUGUAACUUCCCCAAGUGUCGGAGCAAGUUGAGCGGCUUCGCCUGGGUCACGGCGUGCUCCCACGUCUUCUGCGACCAGCACGGAUCUAGCGAGUUCAGCCGCUCCCCUGCCAUCUGCCCCGCCUGCUCCUCCGCGCUGUCCGGCAAGCUGGACAUCGUGAGGACAGAGCUGUCCCCGUCUGAGGAGUACAAGGCCAUGGUGUUGGCCGGUUUGCGACCCGACGUGGUUUUGGACAUCUGUGCUCGCGCUCUGGCCUUCUGGAGCUACCAGGUCCAUCAGGAGCACAUGUAUCAAGAAUACAGUCUUUCCCGCGCUGAGGGACAGCUGAAGCAGAUGGACAAGCUCCUGACCCAGCAGAACCAGAGCAGAGAGCUGGAACUCACGUCCAUGAGAGGGGAGAUCACGUCCCUGAAGAAAGUGAUGGAGGAGUACAAGAGGAAGUACAGCGAGGUGUCCGAGAGGCUGAUGGAGAGAAACCGGCAGUACCAGAAACUGCAGGGGCUGUACGACUCCCUGAGGCUGCGUAACAUGGUGGUGGGGGAGAGGGACUCGCAGCCCCAGAGCAGACAUCAAGACUUAAACAACGCAGUGGCGGCGUCUCAGCAGGCGACCCCUCUCAGGAGCCCCCAGCUUUUCUCCCGUCGCCCUGAUGCGCAGAGUCGCUUCUUCUCCUGCCUGGAGGCCGAUGGAGACAAGCCCUUCUUACAGUUCCGCUCCCCAGCCAGAGACCGAGGCCGCUCCUUCGUCAGUAAACCGUGAGACCAGCAGAUUCACCUCCAGCUGUUGCUAAAGCUUCAAUGUUUUUGUUUCUUUAUGAAAAAGUUGAGUUUUGUGUGCAUUUAUGACACAAGUCUCCCAUCUUUAAAUGCUUUUAAAGUUGUUAUAUUUACAGUUGAACAUAUUUGUUCCCAAAGUUUGCUCAAACUUUAGAAAUAUUUAAAAAGUAUCAUAUUUAUAAAGUUUUACUGGUUUAAAAACAGCUGUUUGCUUGUUCUAAUAAACUAAAAAAUGUUUCUGGUAAUUUUAUGUGUAGACUUAAUACUGUAGCACAAACAAGACACUGUAUAUUUAGCUUUGGUGUUUGCACAAAUUCAAAAGAAGAGCCUAAAAAGCUCGUUUUGAAUGUUUUAUGGACAACAUCGGUCCAACAGUUAGCUAAGAAGUAUGCAGCCUUUAUUCAAAGAUCUAUUCAGGUCAAUUUCUCACUGACCAUAACCCAGGAAGCCAUUUAGAAAAACACAACACUACUUUCACUAUUACUAUUUAUGUUUUUGUUACCAUUAUGAUUAAUAUGAAGGAACUGCUGGGGUUUUAGAAAAAAAAAAAAAAACAUAAAACAUGAAAA